GACCGGGUCCAGAAGAGUUUCCCCCACCCCAUCGACAAGUGGGCCAUUUAUGAUGCUCUGGGUGCCAUCGAGAAGAGGAAGAGGAGGAACCCGCUGGCUCUUCCCAUCGAUAAGAUUCACCCCCUGCUGAAGGAGGUCCUGGGCUACAAGGUGGACCACCAGGUGUCGGUCUACAUGGUGGCUGUGUUGGAGUACAUCUCAGCUGACAUCCUGAAGCUGGCAGGAAACUACGUCAGGAACAUCCGCCAUUAUGACAUCACCAAGCAGGACAUCACUGUGGCCAUGUGUGCUGACAAGGAGUUGGCUUUUGAUCCUUAUGAGACAUACACUCAGGACAUCCUGCGAUCCGGCUCCCACGAGCACUUCCUGAGUCAGGUGACUAAGCCAGGUGCUUCUGUACACCUCCUGUCCAUCUGUGUAGGGUUCAAAGAAGCUGUUCAGUACAUUUUGCCCAGACUGCUGCUCACUCCUGUUUACCAUUGUUUGCACCUGUUUGAGGUGCUGAAGCAACUGGAGGAGAAGAGUGAAGACGAGGAGGAUAAAGAAUGUCUGAAACAGGCCAUCACAGCUCUUCUCAACCUGCAGUCCAGCAUGGAGAGGAUCUGCUCCAAGAACCUGGCCAAGAGGAGGCUCAGCGAGUCGGCGUGUCGUUUCUACAGUCACCAGAUGAAGGGGAAGCACCUCGUCAUCAGGAAGAUGAACGAGAUCCAGAAGAACAUCGAUGGCUGGGAGGGGAAGGACAUUGGCCAGUGCUGCAAUGAGUUCAUCAUGGAGGGCACGUUGACUCGUGUCGGAGCCAAACAUGAGCGCCACAUCUUCCUGUUCGACGGCCUUAUGAUCUGUUGCAAGUCCAACCACGGCCCGCCACGGCUGCCUGGUGCCAGCUCUACGGCAGAGUACCGGCUUAAAGAAAAGUUCUUCAUGCGCAAAGUCCAGAUCAACGACAAAGACGACAAGGAGGGUGAAUACCGGCAUGCCUUUGAGAUCGUCCUAAAGGAUGGGAACAGCGUGGUCUUCUCAGCAAAGUCUGCAGAGGAAAAGAACAGCUGGAUGGCUGCGCUKAUCUCCCUGCAGUACCGCAGCACACUGGAGCGUAUUCUGGACCAGGCGCUGCUGCAGGAGAAAGACAGGCAGAUGAAGCUACCGCCGGCCGAGGAGUACCGCUUCACCGAACCCGACUCUGAGGAGAAUGUUGUGUUUGAGGAGAAUGUCCAGUCCAAGUCUGGAAUCCCCAUCAUUAAAGCAGGAACGGUCCUGAAACUGAUCGAGAGACUCACCUUCCACAUGUACGCAGAUCCAAACUUCGUGCGGACCUUUCUGACCACGUACAGGUCGUUCUGUAAACCUCAGGAGCUGCUGAGCCUGCUCAUAGAGAGRUUUGAAAUCCCGGAGCCAAAGCAGAGCGAUUCAGACCAGAUGGAGGAAGAAGAGCAGCUGCUCAGUUCUGAACUCAAACGGUUUCGUAAAGAGUUUGUUCAGCCGGUCCAGCUCAGAGUUCUUAAUGUGUGUCGUCACUGGGUGGAGCAUCACUUCUACGACUUUGAGAGAGAUGCUCACCUGCUGAGCCAACUGGAGGAGUUCAUAGCCUCAGUGAGAGGUAAAGCGAUGAGGAAGUGGGUGGAGUCUAUCACUAAGAUCAUCCAGAGGAAGAAGCAGGUCCAGGUGAGUCCGUCGGGCCACAACAUCACCUUCCAGAAUUCUCCGCCCCCCACUGAGUGGCACAUCUGUAAACCUGGAAGCAUUGACAGCUUCGAUCUCAUGACCCUGCAUCCCAUUGAAAUCGCCCGUCAGCUUACUCUGCUCGAGUCCGACUUCUUCAGGGCAGUGCAGCCAUCAGAGUUGGUCGGCAGCGUCUGGACCAAAGAGGACAAAGAGAUCCACUCUCCAAACCUGCUGAGGAUGAUCCGACACACCACCAACCUGACCCUGUGGUUUGARAAGUGUAUUGUAGAAACAGAGAACCUGGAGGAGAGAGUCGCUGUUGUUUCUCGAAUCAUCGAGAUCUUGCAGGUUUUUCAGGAACUCAAUAAUUUUAACGGUGUUUUAGAAGUGGUCAGCGCCAUGAACUCCUCACCUGUCUACAGACUGGACCACACCUUUGAGCAAAUUCCAAGUCGACAGAGAAAAAUCCUGGAGGAGGCUCACGAGCUGAGUGAAGAUCACUACAAGAAGUAUUUAGCUAAGCUGCGCUCCAUCAACCCCCCCUGUGUUCCUUUCUUUGGAAUUUACCUGACCAACAUCCUGAAGACUGAAGAGGGAAACCCUGACUUCCUGCGCAGACACGGUAAAGACCUGAUCAACUUCAGCAAGAGGCGGAAAGUGGCUGAGAUCACUGGAGAGAUCCAACAAUACCAGAACCAGCCGUACUGCCUGAGGCUGGAGAACGACAUCAGGAAGUUCUUUGAGAACCUGAACCCCAUGGAGGACAUGUCAGAGAAGGACUUCGCUGAUCAUCUUUUCAACAAGUCUUUGGAGAUCGAACCACGGAACACCCGAUCAUUACCUCGAUUUGCAAAAAAAUACUUCUGUCCUCUGAAGUCUCCCGGGAUCCGUCCAACAUCAGCGAGGCCGGGCACCAUGCGCCAUCCAACACCUUUGCAGAAUGAGCCCAGGAAGAUCAGCUACAGUCGCAUCCCAGACAGCGAGGCUGAGGGGGGGGCAGCAUCGGCCCCAAACUCCCCCCGUACGCCGCUGACUCCACCCCCCGCCUCCGCCUUCUCCAGCUCCACGGAUGUCGGCAGCGUGUUUGACUCCCCGCAGGGUCCCAGCAGCCCCUUCCACUCAAGGUCGUCCUCCGUCUCCUCCAUGGUGAGUUUCAGUCGGGGUUCAGAAGAUGCUCCUGUUCCUCCUCCAGUUCCUCCUCGCAGACGGCCAGAGUCUGCUCCUUCAGAGUCGUCUCCCUCCACGAUGAUGUCAAACCUGGACAGUCCCCCCGCUGUGCCUCCUCGCCAGCCUACCUGUAAGCUUCUCCCCCCUCGUUACUCAUCUUCAUUGUCCUCAUUGUCCCCCCCUGACAGCCCACCCUCGCUCCCCCCUCGGGAGCCCUUCAGCUCCCCUCUACAGCUUCUUCCUCCUCCUCAAGGGCGCUCCCGCUGUGACCUGUUGUCUCAAGCCUUCUUCCCCUCCACCUCUUCUUCUUCCAUUAGCUCCACCCCCACAGCCUUGUCGUCCUCCACACCCCCCCCUCCGCUCACCCCUCUCACACCAACCUCAAAGAAGUUACCCCURCCCUCACCACCCCUCAUCUCGCCCCUGGACGGGCCCCCGGUUCCUCCUCGUCACAUUGUCCCCAAACUGCCCCCCAAAACUUAUAAGAAGGAGUCUUUAGGCCACACACCACUGCUGGACACGCCCCCUGCAUUAUGAUUGGACAGAAGUAUCAGGGACAGCUGAUUGGACAACUGUUGGAGGAGGUGGAGCUUGAAAUGCUAACACUAUAGCUGAAUGGACCAGGAUUACAAAAACAAAGGACUCUGACCAAUCAGAAGGUUCUGAUCCAGUCUGAACUGAGCUGUAAAAAAAUAAUGUGCUCUUAUUCUGAAAAUCUGCUUCUGCAGAACCUCUUUCUGUGUGUUUUKUUUGUUUCUGUUCUUCUUUGUGAGCUGGGACAUGUCCUGACCGCUGGGACCUGUGGGACGUGUCCUGACCCGACUGAACUUGAUGUGGACCGGGGACUUGUACAGUGAAGUUGUGCAGUUYUUGAACUGAAGCUCAUGAAGCAGAACCUUAGAGGUACUGUUUUGGUCCUGGUGGACCUGAUGUCGUUUGUUUGUCUCUUGUUGUUGUUUAUGUAAACAAACAUGAUGAUCUCUAUCUUUAAAAACAAGGGAAUAAAUCUGUUUCUACCACUGA